AUAUUUUGAUGAUAUACUACUCACAAAGUAAGCCAGUUACUAUAGCAACACAAACUAUGCAACCCACUCAAUGGCAUAUUCAAUGAAACAUUAGCAAGGUUAAUCAGUAAGAUAGUAAUAGCAAAUUUAUAAAGCUAGGUUAGGAAAAUAAAAAGAAAAUAACAACGACAAAGUAUUGAUUGACAGCGUUUAUAUUUACAUGUCCUGCUUUCAUGUUUAAAGAGACCUAAAAGGGUGGGGCGUAUUUUCGGUUUUGAAUUGAGUCCGUUGAAUUGAGUACAGCAGUACGUUGGCGGUCUUGUCGGUCAAUGUCUGCUUAAGACUUUCAAUUAUUAUAUAUAUUUUUGCUACAUUGGCGCGCGUUAAAUGUUUUAAAAAUAACCCUAUAUUGGAUUUAGUCUUUUGCAGAUUUUGGAAGAUGAAGCUGAAAAUGUGGUUUCCUGGCAUUGUUACUAUGACAAUGUUGGCUGAUUUACUCCUGGUUCCUGUCGGUAAGAAACGCCAUUCCUAGACAUUUGUUGCUUGAGAAAGUCAUCAAUUUAGUGCAUUUAAAUAUAAAAUCAAAGAUCCUCUCUAUGAGACAGGCCCACUGUUUUUACGGUUACAAAAGGUCGAGUCAAAAACAACAUUAAUUCAACAAUUGCACUUUUAUACCCAUAAAUCACUUAUUGAAUUGGUAACUGCGAUGGCGUGGAGAAGGGGUAGGAUUUAAUAAGCUUUGCUUCUUCCUGCUCCUUUUCAGACAUGUGUAGUAAUGAGGUGUUAUGUGUGUGUAUGUAUGUAUAUGUAUAUAUAUGUAUAUGUGUAUAUAUAUAUAUAUAUAUAUAUUAUGCAUGUCUGAAAUAAAUUAAGAAGAAGAAUUUGGAAAUCACAUUUAAAACAAUCUUGGAGGGACAAAUGCGCUCACCUUUUUCUCAACAAUUUUAUCCCCUGCUGAUUUUGUAAAUGUUCACACUUACAAAGGUAAGAACAGUCCUGAUUUUUUUUUUGUUCCUUAGUCUUAGUCCCAUUCCAGUCUUGUGUGGAUCUACACCUGAGGUCCUUUGAGAGCUCUUUGGUCCCAUAAUGGUGGAUAAGUUUGAUGGAAGAGACGUAUACUGUGUUGCAAAUAUCACACUAUGACUGAAAGUAAAAGAUGAGAAAGAUAAAGUAUCGUGUGUCCCUGGUUCACCUUUGUCAUGUUUUUAUAAUUGUAUUUUCAUAACAUGAUGCAGGCCACUAAAAAUCUAUCCGCAAACGUCAAAUGGUCCCUAAGGUGAACAUGUGAUUUAAGAUAUGGCCAUAGUUCAGGUCCAACAGUGGGUCGUUGUGGGUGCUCGGCCCAUCACCGAGCGAGUCCUUCUCAAUGGAGACUGCUUACCUCGCACCGAGGAGUUCAACAGCGUCCUUCAAAGCAUGUCAGCUGAUUCACUCCCUCUAAUUCUCGUCAGUGUCAGCCGAACAUCAUUGCUGCAGAACCAAACUGUCCUUCGGUCUCGUGACUGCAUAAUGGAGGGGUCUGACCUGCAAUGGACAGAUUGUAUUUUCGUUGACGGGAUAGUCUACCUAUCCCUGGACCAUAAUGGCAAUUGGACUGCUCACACUCCACAAGCUGUGGCCCUCAAAGCAAUGUGGGAGCGAGCCGGGCGGACCUCGGUGGUGGAGAGGCUCCAACUUCAGGACAAAUGCAUGAACCUGAUGAGGAAAUUGAAGCUUUCUGAAGAGCGGUCAGAGAUUCCUUUCCUGCAGUUGUUGAUCCCAAUCUUGGCACUUUUGCUGUUUACUGGGCUCGCUGGCAUAAGCCUCAUCAUUGCAAAUAAAAGUUUGAGGCACAAUGGAGGGGUUAUUGGAUCCAUUAUACACUACCCUAAGGACAUGGCAAAACUGAAUCCAGGAACAAAGCGUCAUGGUUAUUAUACCUUAUAAUUGACAUCAACGCUCCCCAUCAGAGUCACCUUUAUACCGUUUCAUAAUUGCUAGAUUGCUGAAACACCACUAUUUUAAGCACUUUAUCAUGCAUGUGUCGCACAUACUCUACUGCGUUAUGCCAUGGCUCAUACCAAUCACAGUGAUGCUGCUGUUUCCCUCCCCAACCUGCAGAGGGGUAUAAAUUUAAACACUGUGUAUAAAAUAGAGAAGACAAUCCAUGUGAGUUGAUGUUGUACAUAAAUAAAAAUUUAUUAAAAACAA